AUGAAAACCGUCCAGCAGACGGAGGAAGAAAUGCUAGGUCCAGAAGCCACAGCACCUGAACAGGCAGAAUCUCCCAGACCGAGCAGAGGGGAGAGUGAUGCAGAGGAACGUCGCCACGCGGCCGAGAAGAAAAGGAAGGGGAAACAAAUUGCUCCUUCCAAGACCAAGAAGGCGAAAGGGAAAUCCACUGAAUCCCCACUUCCUCUACCUACCAAGGUACCAUACGCUGCAGAGCCCGAGGAUUCUGCUGGGUCUAGUGAGUCUGAAGAAGAACAAGAAGAGGAGCUCAACUUUGAGCCAACUGAGAUCUGGAUUACAAGCAAGCUCCUGGACGAGAUGAGAAAGUUUGACGACCCCGAAACGCGCAACCAUCCACAAGGAGAAGAGUGCCCAGGACAAGGAAGGGACGUGUGCUUUUAUGAGGUUGGUCAGUCGGAGGCGCAGACGAAGCAGGAGCCUGAGAUGGUGGAGGCGAAGGAUACCGCUGACAUGGAAGCCGGAGCCAGGAUAGAAGUAGAAGAAGAAGGAGAAGCCCUCGGUGCUGAGAAUGUCCAAGAACCCGUCGAUGUCGGGUUGGAGUUGAUAGUGGAUCUGACUGAUGUCCCCGAAGGCACCGAUUCACCGAUUAACGCAAGGGAAGCGCGGAGACAGGCUCGUCGGAGCCUGCUUGAUGAGAUAGAUGAAACCGUCCAGCAGACGGAGGAAGAAAUGCUAGGUCCAGAAGCCACAGCACCUGAACAGGCAGAAUCUCCCAGACCGAGCAGAGGGGAGAGUGAUGCAGAGGAACGUCGCCACGCGGCCGAGAAGAAAAGGAAGGGGAAACAAAUUGCUCCUUCCAAGACCAAGAAGGCGAAAGGGAAAUCCACUGAAUCCCCACUUCCUCUACCUACCAAGGUACCAUACGCUGCAGAGCCCGAGGAUUCUGCUGGGUCUAGUGAGUCUGAAGAAGAACAAGAAGAGGAGCUCAACUUUGAGCCAACUGAGAUCUGGAUUACAAGCAAGCUCCUGGACGAGAUGAGAAAGUUUGACGACCCCGAAACGCGCAACCAUCCACAAGGAGAAGAGUGCCCAGGACAAGUACGCUAA